CAUCAGGAAUUGGGAUACUUACAGUCUCAAAACCUUCAAUACUAAAUAUUAGUUAUCAUUUUGUUUAUUCUUUGUGACAAUUUUUAAAUAGUCACUAAUAGUCCGCAAGUUGAUGGAUCCGGCAUCCACCUCUUCCGACAUGGAGAUCACUAAGAAAGAGCUGUUCAAAACCGCCAUGGAAGGGAAAUGGGAUGAAGUGGAGGAUAUAUACAGUAAAAAGCCGACGGCUCGCGGGGAAAAGAUCACCCGCACCGGCGACACCGCCCUCCACAUAGCGGUGUCGGACGGCCGAGAAGAAAUCGUGCAGAAACUGGUGAAUUAUUCCUCGCCGGAUGCCUUGAGUGUGAAGAACAACCUAGGGAACACCGCACUACACUUGGCGGCCACCAUGGGCAACGUCGCCAUGUGUUUCGGCAUCGCAAAGAAAAACCUCAAGCUGGUGGGCGAGCGGAACAUCGACAAUGAAACGCCGUUCUUCCUGGCAGCCCUCCAUGGUAAGAAAGAUGCUUUCCUCUGCCUCCAUUCCUUAAUUGGAGGCGGCGACGAAGGCAAGCGCAGUAGUGGACUCGAGUAUUCCAGGAAGGGUGACGGUGAUAACAUUCUCCACUGCGCCAUCGCUGGAGAAUACUUUGAUUUGGCAUUUCAAAUAAUUCAUCUGUAUCCGGAGCUUGCUAAUUAUAACAAUGAGCUAGGACUUUCUCCUCUUCAUAUCUUGGCUUGUAAGCCUUCUGCUUUUAGAAGUGGCAGUCACCUCAGCCGGAGUGACAAAAUCAUCUAUCACUGUAUAUUAGUUGAAGAUCUCAAGGAAACGCCUCCCCCGAAUCUGAAAGCUUUGGAAAAGCUAACAAAACCGCCAAAGCCCAGCGGCCCCAGCCUUCCAGAUAAUUAUGAAACGUGCUUUAGCUUUAGUAAAUUGCUUUGGCAUAUAAUUAAAUAUUCAGGUAAAAUUUGCACGGCUGGUGCCCAAAAAAGUGGUGAAGAGCCAAAGAACCCCAAGAGUCAAAAGAACUACUCAACAUGGAACAACUGCAUCCAACUAUUACAAAAUGCCAUUAGAGUAUCAUCUGAUUCUAGUGGGCAUGUGGAUAUGGAGGAUCCUAGAGAAAGACAAAAGGAAGGACAAGAAAAUCCUGGUCAACAUGAAGGAAACCGACCGAGUAAUGGAGCCAAAAAAUAUAGUGGUCCACUUCCACCCAACUAUGAGAUUUGCUUUGAGUUCAUCAAGAUUAUAUACAAGUCAAUGCUCGUUAUACUUGGACUAGGAUCUAAAGGAAUAAGGAAGCUUAGAGUGAAAAAGGAGAAGCACAUAUGGUCUAUUCAAGUAUUGGACAAACUGCUUUUUCACACUUCACUAUAUGAGUAUGACGAUGCUGGUUCAAAUCCUGGUCUAUCAUUUCCAUCCAAGUUUAAUGAAAUUAGUGCUUUUGAUGAAAUGAGAGAAAAGGUGACGAAAUUCGGCAACAUGAGGCAAUUUCCCGGUCAAGAAAGUUCUGUCGAAAACAGCGCUAGAAAGGAAGGAACUGGUGACAAGAAAGAUGGAAAGAAUGAAGAAGUGGAGAAUACGAAAACUAGCCAAGAGAAGAAAAAGGAAAAGAACAUACUAAUUGCAACAAAGGAUGUUUCCGGCAAUAUGGUGGAGAAAAUUCAAGAAAUAUUUCCGGUGGCCAUCCAUGAUAUCAAUAACUCAAAAAACAGCAUAGUCCUCUUAGCCCAAGAGAAAGAAAUCCAAGAGAUGUCAAAAAAGGAGACACCUAUUUUGGUUGCAGCAAAGAAUGGAAUAACAGAAAUAGUGGAGGGAAUUCUUAAGCAAUUCCCAGUGGCAAUCCACGACAUAAAUAGCGACAAGAAGAAUAUGGUGCACUUGGCAGUUGAGCAUAGACAACCUCACGUGUAUGUUCUUCUGAUGAACAAAAAUAUCCCAAAAGAUACAAUAUUUGCUCAGGUAGAUAAUGAAGGGAAUAGCGCUUUGCAUCUUGCAGCAAUUCUUAGGGACUAUCAACCUUGGAACAUUCCUGGAGUAGCCUUACAGUUGCAAUGGGAAAUCAAGUGGUUCAAGUAUGUUAAAGACUCUAUGCCCCUACACUUCUUUGCUCGCUACAACAAGCGCGGGAAGACCCCAAAGGACAUCUUCAUAGAGUCGCACAAAGACCUUGUCCAAAAGGGCGGUGAGUGGCUAAACAGCACCUCCGAGUCGUGCUCUGUCGUGUCGGCUCUCAUAGCCACUGUUGCCUUUGCGACAUCAGCGACUGUACCAGGUGGCAACUCAGACAAUGGCAAACCAACGCUGGAACACCAGCCUGCAUUCAAUGUCUUUGCAAUCUCUUCUCUGAUCGCUCUCUCCUUUUCGGUGACCUCAGUGAUCAUGUUCCUUGCCAUUCUAACAUCUCGGCACCAGGAGAAAGAUUUUGGUAGAAACUUGCCCAUAAAGCUUUUGUUGGGCUUGACGUCGCUUUUCAUAUCCAUCGGUGCCAUUUUGCUGUGUUUCUGCGCCGGCCAUUUCUUUGUGCUCAGAGAUGAGCUUCGGUAUGCUGCAAUUCCAAUCUAUGGAGUGACUUGCUUACCAAUUACAUUUUUUGCCAUGGCACAGUUUCCUUUGUACUUCGAUCUAUUAUGGGCUAUCCUUAAACCAGUCCCACAACGAAGCUACAAAACUAUCCUUUAGCCUUGUAGCUUCUUAAUACAUUUUUCUUUUUUGCUUUUUUUUGGGGUGUGUUUGUUAUGUCUUUUGUGAUGUCGUUUCAUUAUAUUAAUUAAAGUUGAGGGAUAAGAAUUUCUCUUAUUUUCACCAUGCACUUUUGAUGUAGCAUCAUCAAAUUAAUCCCUUAAUUAUCUAUAUUCAUGUUUGU